AGUUAGCAGUAUUGGCACAAAUAAACCAGACGGCCCCGCCGUUCGUAAUCCUGUCAGGCGACGGUACGCAGGCCGUGAUGUUGAGCUCGCUAAUAAUGUUUGAGUAAUUAUUCUCCGUUCGUAGAAGGGCGGCUGUGCGUAAUAUGAUUGUGCGUAGAAUCAUGUACAAAGUAAAACUGUGUUUGGUGCUUCUGUGCGUUACUUUGACAACCGUCAUGAUAUACGUGGGCUUCGUUCUUCCGUCGUCGCUUGGUGGCGUGCUAACAAUGAAUAAGUCCGUGAAGCCUUUGCGGCGACUAGUGUCGUUCGCUGCCAUGCCUUCCGCACUCACAGAGUACGACCACCAGCAGCUGCAUGCUUCUGCUUUGUUGAAUGGCAUAGGACCGAAGCUAAAGUUCCUGCCGCGAUAUAGGCCUAGCAUGCAGCUAAAACCACCUACUACACUAAGCAAUAGAAUCCACAUAGGUCCCCCACCUAACGAUUUCAAAUUCGCUAUGAAUAGCACGGACGUCUUGGUGUUUCUGCACAUCCAGAAAACCGGGGGUACGGAGUUCGGGAAGCAUCUGGUCAAAGACUUGGUACUGGAAAGACCUUGCUUCUGCCCCAAGGGACAGAAGGUGUGCGACUGUUUCCGGCCGAACUCUGAUGACAAGUCGUGGCUGUUCAGUCGUUUCUCCACAGGAUGGCGAUGUGGACUGCACGCUGGAUGGACAGAGCUGACUUCGUGUGUAGACGAUGUGAUGAACAAGCUAGAACAUAGCUCGGAGCAUCGCAGGUACUUUUACGUGACAAUGCUGCGCGAGCCCGUGUUGCGUUACAUCAGCGAGUUCCGGCACGUGCAGCGCGGCGCGACGUGGGCCGGCGCUACGCUGCGCUGCAACGGACACUCGCCGACGGCCGAGGAGCUGCCGCCGUGCUACGCGACCGACACGUGGCAGAACGUGACGCUGGACGCCUUCCUCGCCUGCGAGUCUAACCUCGCCGCGAACCGGCAGACGCGCAUGCUCGCCGACCUGCGGCGCGUCGACUGCUACGACGCGUCGUCGAUGCCGGCUGAGCGGCGCGACGCCGAGAUGCUUGCGAGCGCGCGCCGCAACCUGCGCGAUCUCGCCUUCUUCGCGCUCGUCGAGCACCAGGAGCUGUCGCAGUUUCUCUUCGAGCAGACGUUCGCGCUGCGCUUUCGCCAGAGCUUCCAGCCGGCCGACAGCUCGAGGAGCAGCAACACGCAGCUGACCGAGGAGCAGCGCCACCUGGUGGGAGAGCGGAACCGGCUCGACGUGCAGCUGUAUCGCUAUGCGGAGGAGCUGUUCUUCGAGCGGCUGAAUCGCACCGUCGAGCAGUAUCCGGAGAAGUUUGCCGCCUUCAUCAAGACCUAGUGGGCGUGGUUGCAUCUUGGCCGUUGCGCAGGGCGGAUGCUCGGUUGCUCAGCUACGGUGGCGCUGCGCGAGGCCUUCGUCACUGACGCUUUGCGAAGCUCCGGUUGUGUGUGUGUGUAAAGCUGGGUUUAUACUGCCAACUUUGAGUUGGGGAAUUGCCGAAUUGCCGAAU